GGCGCUCGAAUCGUUGUGAGUGUGCCGCUUUGGCAUCACUUGAUCACUUUCCCUUCGUCCUUGUUCGCUUCGAUUUUCCCUUUCAUCUCUCAUCCCCGAUCUACAUCUAGAUUUGUUCGCACCGGUGCCCAUCCCCCAUCAUCCAUCAUCCAUCACCCUUCAAUCCACCGCCCUUGAUCAGAUUCGGAAGUGCAUCGUCCGCCUCCUGUGCCCCCAAUCCAAGACUCUCUCCCUCCUCGCAUAACCGGACCAGGACGUGGUCUGUUGGUCUGCCGACCACCUCCGCCAGACCGGGAAGCGAUUUCAUCAUCUGGCCGGCCAAAAACUGAAAUCAAGGAACCUUUGUCGAUGAAUGAACAGCAUCGUUUUGCCAACUCAUCAAUCAUCAUGUCACUUGACGACGCCAGCCUCAGUAAGCCUGCAGCUCCUUUGUUGCCUUGUCCAGCUUCGCUUUGCCCUGUUGCGCGCGUGGGCUAAAACCCGUGGCCACCGUCCAAGCCGCCCCCAUGCCCUUCUCAAGCCAUUCCCGAAGGCGCCUCUGCGUCGAAUCCCCUUUCUAGCUGGAAGUGAUGGGGGGGCCGAUGGUUCAGCCGAUGAAACACUGCCCAUCGGUCAUCUGACUGCUGAGUUGUACCCCAGUUGCUGAUCGCUUAAUGCGUAUUGCGCCCAAUGUCCAGGCACCAGCCGUGUCAGCACCCAAAUUCAGCAUCAACCACAUCCUCAAAUUCCACCGCCAAUCACUUCGGCACCGGCUCAAUCACAGCCAAGGGUAUGUCGGUUUUUCAAUACAAACAAAGGUUGUCGAGCUGGCUCGCAAUGCCCCUUCAAACACCUUCAGCCUAAAGACAGAGUCACAAGCACUAGGCCGAAACCUGACCAUCAACAGGCCGACGCUGCGCAAGGCCCGUCGGUCGUGCAAGAAAGCCAGUCUCUGUCUCACCGAGCCAGGGCGUUGAUCCCCGGCUCAACCCCAAGUCAGAAACCCCAAUCCCGAUUGCAGCAGCGCGAUCCUCGUGAAUUCGAGCUUGGUCAAGUGAUUAAGAGGUUUUCUCCAGUUCGGAGAGAGACCAGUGACGGCACAUCCUUGUCCUUCGCCCUUGCUCCGUCGGACCCGGACUUUCCAUUCGAGCUUGAAGGUGGCCUCCGUUGCAUCCUGACACUGCCUACCGCCUAUCCUCAAAAUGGCAGACCGACAAUCAGAGUCACAAAUGCCGAAAUGGCCCGGGGUUUCCAGAUCAACGUCGAAAAGGGGUUUGACAGCCUUGUCGAGGCUACCCCGAACAAGACGCUGUUGGCGUUGUUGAACGAGCUGGACAAGAACUUGGAGAGGUUCUUGACAUCUGAAAAGGCCCAAACCAUCAAGAUCAUUGCAAAUGCCGACAAGAUUACCAGGGUUCCUGAUCCCGUGCCAGAGGUGGUUCGCCCUGCCUUCUCUCCGACCAGAUCCGUGGCACCACGCCCACCAACCUGGACAGCGGAGCAGAGAUCCCGCGCCGUAACCAAGAGAGAAGCUGAUAUUCGCCAACUCGAAGCACGCAUGGGACGAAUUCCGCAUUACUCUAAAAGUUCUGAUGGCACGACAUUCAACAUUCCUGUUCAAAUAGCCAAAUCAGACAGACUGCCCCUCAGCCUGCAACCGCUCAAGGAAGUCACCCUAAUUGUCCCCCGGCUUUAUAACCUUGAGCCUUGCACGGUGUUUCUGAAAGGAGUCACAGGGCCGGAAGCUGAAAAUGUUCAAUGGGCGUUUGAAAGACAUGUUCGGAAGAAACUCGACAUGACCCUUAUGGCACAUAUCAACUACCUGACGCAGAACAUUCAUUCAAUGGCUUCCGAAACCGCAGAGGGCGCGGCCCCAAUAGCUUCACUCGAUGUUCCGGCCCCACCAGAGGCUCCUGUGGACGAGACACAAAGCGUUGAGUCGAGAGGGGAAACCGCAGCAGAGUCCAGACAGCUGAUCUUGGAUGAAGACAGACCGCACGUCAAGAUCAUCCCUCGACCGCCUGAAUGGGACCGACAUGAUUCCGAGGACGGGUCAGAAUCAUCGUACGACUCUGGCGAAUAUUCCGACUCGGAAGAUGAGGAACAAGACGACGACGAGGCAGAAACCGAGCAAGGCGGCGCCGCUCUUCCAGUCUCAUCGACCUCGACGGAAAGGGGCAUCCACAUUUCCUUUCCGAAUCUGGAACUCCACAACAUUGAACUUCUGACCUUAGCGUCCCUAUCCAUCUCGGUCAAAUGCUUGCGCUGUAAAUCUCCCCUGGAAAUCUCGAACAUUAAACCUAGCGGUGACGCAGCUGGCUCGUCGACGUCCAGCGUCCGCACCGAGACCUGCUCGAAGUGCACUACACCGUUCACGGUCUCUUAUACACCCAACGCCUUGCACGCCAACACAGUCCGGGCAGGCACGGUCGAAGUCACAGGCUGCACCAUCGCCGACCUCCUCCCGUCGGUCUUCCAGCCCACGUGCGCGUCGUGCUCCACGACCUUCCCGGUCCCGCCAGGCAUGGUCUCCGUCCGAGGCGACACGCCGAUCCAAGUCUGCCGGGCCUGCCACGCCAAGAUGACCUUCACGAUCCCCGAGGUCAAGUUCCUGCGCGCCUCCUCGGCCUUUGCCUCGGGCGCGCUCCCGGCGCGGCGACCCAAGCGGGAAAACCUGGGCAUCUCCGCCGGCACCGCCCUGCCGGACCACGGCACCUGCGCGCACUACCGCCACAGCUACCGCUGGUUCCGCUUCAGCUGCUGCCAGCGCGUCUACCCGUGCGACCGGUGCCACGACGCCGCCGAAGCACACGUCAACGAGCACGCGGAUCGCAUGGUCUGCGGCUGGUGUUCGCGCGAGCAGCGCUUCCGGAGCGAGGACUGCGGCCUGUGCGGGCGGAGCGUCAUCCGCCGACGCAAGGCCGCCGGCGGCUUCUGGGAGGGCGGCAGGGGGACCAGGGAGAAGGGCCUCAUGAGCCGCAAGGAGAAGAGGAAGUAUAAACGGCCCGGAGGCAGCGUGGUGGGGUCCGCCGCGGCGGCGGCGGCGAAGAAGGAUGGUGCGAAGUAGGCAGAUAGACCUUCGCACAUGCACCAAACAGGCUGUACAGCCCCUUGACAUUCCGCAUUCUGCGGAAGAUGCGACGCGGUCUCAAAAUGGGCGGUGUCUACCAGUAGGUCCGAGGUUCCAAGUCCCAUCACAGAAGGGAUAUAACACAACGUACCUUAACAAAGCUCAUUUUAUACCGUAAGAUACGUUGAGAAGGGGUCAUUUCCCUAUACAUGUCCGACUUCCUGGGUGAUUUGUUCACGACUCCUGUGCGAUUGCAAUACCCCUUUUCCGAUGGAACGAACUUGCGCCAGAGAGAUCUCUACCGCCAGCUGACACGCAGCUUUAACCAUCCCCAAAUCCCGGAACCCGUGUGUGUCGAAGCACGAGCCUGCCUGAAUAUAUCUACCCUGGGUAUAGGGCCUCGUAUGGGCGCGUCUACCCUGCACAGAUCAGGGACAU